AUUUACGAUUUCGCGGGAAAUAUGGCGACGGGACGACCUCGUAGAAAAUGUGUCUCGGUAUCUUUUGUAGCAGAUGAUGACGUUGUUCAGCACAUUGUUCGUGUGGGAGACAAGAAAAGAAAGGGGCGCAAGUCAACUGGCUCUACCCCUUCCCAGCCAAAAUAUUGCACAGACGUUACAGACAAUGGAGACAUUGCAGAAGAGAGUGAAGAAGAGGUUGUUCGUGGUGUUCCAUCAUUAUUAUUGGAAGGUGAGGAGUCCACAGCAGGAAGUGGAAUGUUCCAGUUCCGUACACCUAAAAAGUCAGGCCAGAUGGCUGCCAAAGCCUCUGAAGCUCGUACUCCAAAAUCUAUACUGAAGGCUACAGUUUCACAAGGUUCCCUGACUCCAUCAUCUACCAGCCGCUCUAGCAAAUUACAGAGGAAACCUGAGACUACCACACCAUACAAACUACGUAAACGCAACAUCACAGAUGAUGACAUUGAUUCGGAUUCCAGUGUGUCGUCCUCUGAUGAUGACAGUGAAGAUGAUGCUGAAACAAACGACACUCCUGCUAAGCGUCCACCACUCAAUGUAAAGUCUAUAGGAAACACUCCCAAGAGUGGUCGGCCCCGGGGUCGUGUGGAGGAGGAGAUGCCCUCUAUGGUGGAGUCCUACUUUGACAUACAUUCAAGUUCUGCUGUCCUCACAUCAGACCGGACGCUGGCUCGGCUCGGCUCGGCUAAGAUGGACAGAGAGGGACUGAACAGGGUCCUACAACAGGUACCCACAGACGAUAACUGUGAGAGUGAAAAGAUGUACCAGGAACACAGGGAGAACUUCAAUACCUGGAUGUUCCAGCUAUGUCAAGGUUUCAACAUGUUACUGUAUGGCCUAGGAUCAAAGCGAACACUCCUAGAAGAUUUCCGUAAAACUCAUCUAUUGGAGCUGUCUCACCUGGUUGUCAAUGGUUACUUUCCAAGCCUCACUAUAAAACAUAUUUUGAAUGCCAUAACCUACGAGAUCCUGGAUUACAACGGCAGCUUUAAGGGACCAUUAGAUCAAGUGAGAUGUAUACGAACAGAAAUGGAACAACAAGGUCUUCAAGAUUUUUUCCUCAUAGUCCACAACAUCGAUGGUACAAUGUUACGAGGAGAAAAAGCUCAGAACAUCUUAAGUCUCUUAAGCCAGAUUCCUGGUUUUCAUAUUCUAGCUUCCAUAGAUCAUAUUAAUGCUCCGUUGUUGUGGGAUCAGAGUAAGUGCUGUCGUUAUAACUGGCUCUGGUACGAUGUGACGACAUUCAUGCCUUACACUGACGAGACGUCCUAUGAGAACUCGCUCCUCGUACAACAAUCUGGAGCUCUUGCUCUCAGCUCUAUGACCCAUGUUAUGAAGUCGCUCACAUCCAAUGCCAAAAGUAUCUUCUUCCUCCUGGCUAAACAUCAACUCUCUCACAAAGACAACAGUACAUAUCUUGGUUUGUCUAUACAGGAGCUGUACCAGCAGUGUCGAGAGGCCUUCCUUGUUAAUAGUGAUCUCACCCUGCAGGCUCAACUAAUCGAGUUUAGGGACCAUAAACUUAUUAAAUCUAAAAAGAGUUUUGAUGGCAUUGAGCAUCUAAUGAUUCCAAUUGAUUCUGUAACUUUGACAGAAUUUAUAGACCAGCAGGAAGAGACAUGAGAGUGUGUACUUCUUCAAUUAAUUAACAUUACUAGUGGUAUUAAUUUCUCUUGAACAACCAGAGGUUGUGUAUUCCAGAGUUACUCCUUUAUAAUGGACCAGAGGAUUGUGUAUACCAAAGUAACUCCUUUAUAAUGGACGAGAGGAUUGUGUAUACCAAAAUAACUCCUUUAUAAUGGACCAGAGGAUUGGGUAUAUCAAAAUAACUCCUUUAUAAUGGACCACAGGAUUGUGUAUACCAAAGUAACUCCUUUAUAAUGGACGAGAGGAUUGUGUAUACCAAAAUAACUCCUUUAUAAUGGACCAGAGGAAUAGAACAUAGGAAUGUGUGUAUUUAAGUUAUUGCUUAUUCCAGAUAGGUUUAUAAUGAGAAUGAUAGUGUUCAUUUUCCAGAGAAUUUCUGGUGUACACUAAUAUUUCCCUGGAAAUCAACUCGGUUUGAGAGUAAUUUCACUCUAAAGUUAUCAAAGAGUGAUCAUCGUAUUUAAAUAUCAAUUAAUGGCCGUCGUGGUCACUAUAAGGAGAUGGUAUAUGAGAGUGCAAGAAUUGAGAGAGACUCUUGUCAUUCUUGGCUUGGAGGAUACAUUCUGGUGUGUUGUUAAUUGAGAAUUUAGAAGAAACUAUUGAAAGUUAAGGUACUGUAUCUUAAGUUUUGUGUGUUGUGUAAGAAUGUUAUUGCGGAUGUCAGGAUGUUAAGUGUGUCAGAAUGUUAAGUGUGUGUCAGAAUGUUAAGUCUGUGUCAGAAUGUAAGGGAGAGUGUCAGGGUGUUGAUUGAUUGUGGGUUUGAAAAGUAAAUUGUGGGUAGAGAUGAAUGGGUCAUGAAUUAUUAAGGCUGCAAAAUGCAAGUGCUAAUUUGAUGUUAAUGAAAAGUUUUGUAUUUUUUUUGCUCAUCUGAUCCAAAGGACUUGUGAGCAUUUUUCCAGGGCAAAGCGUCCGUCGUUGUCCAUCAAACUUUUCCUUUAUUAUUUUUUCUCCUCCUGACUGGCAGAUCAGAUGUCAACCAAAUUAGUUAUGUUGCAUCCAUAGGAUCAGAGAAUAAUACUUAUAAAAUAGAUUGUGGUCCUCUUGGGCACUAAAGGGCUGGCCCAAAUAUGGAGAAGUUGGUGGAGUUCAUUGUUCAAAAGACUAUUCUCUUGAACAGCUCUAUGGAAUAUACCCAAGUUUAAAAUCAAUAUGACAACGAAAUUAGAUGUUUUAUUAAUGAAGACGGUUAUCUCCCUGUGCGGUGAAGGGAAGCACCUGAACUGGGGCAAAAUUAGACAGUUCAUUUUUUUUCAAAAGCCUGUUCCUCCAAAGAGUAAAAGCACCAUUGUUACCAUAAAGAGGCAAAGUGAUUUCAUUUUGUAUUCAUGAAACUAGUGUGAUCCUUGGAGCUUGCAUGUAGGGGCCCCAAUAGUGGAAUUUUUAGUGCAAAGCUGUACUGCUUUAAAUGAUCAAGGUCCCCCACAAUAGAACUGCAUACACAUGUAGUAGGCAUGAAGAGAUGAAUACAUCCAAGCUACUACGAUUGACAUUAGGGGCCUGCCCUGCCACUUCAUUCCAAAGUCAUAACAUAAAACCAGUUCCCAACCACAUAACCACGAAUAAAAUUGUUAUGCAUGAAGAAAUUAACACAAUCAUUCUAUCAGGAUUGGAUCCAGGGUCCAGACCCACCCUGGGUACUGUCACUGGAUGGUUGAGAUCACCACCUAAUAACAGCAAUUGCUGGGUUUUAAGAGACAAAUACACAGGGGUAAUCUGGAUUGAACUGGGGUCUUGCCCUGCACCUAGGGACAUUCUCCCCGAGUCUUGAUAUGGUAAUCCUCACUUCCUCCCUGUUCUCAGUAUGUCUGCUCUUUGAAUUGGCUCUUGCCAGCCCCAGGGGGACUUGGUCCUUUUUACAUGUUCCGUGCUAAUAUAUUUUGUAAACUUAUGAUAUACAUAUAAUUAUUUGACAGAUUUAAAAUUCAAAAUAAAUUCCAGGCAUCAUAUGCAC